AUGGGCAUCCGAGGUUUAACGUCGUUUGUAAAGGAUUACGGAAAUCAUUGUCAGCAAAAUUAUGAAUUGCAAAGUACUUGUAUAUUUGGUGGAGAAUACAAUGUAUAUGAGGAGGCUGUAUCCAAAUUCUUUGAUAACUUGCUAGAGUGUGAUGUGACACCGUUAGUAUUACUAGACGGAGCAAACAACAUUUCAAAAACAGGCAUCAUAUUGGACAGACUCAAACAAAAACUUGAAAAUUCGUUAGCUUUGAUUGCAAAUCCAACGGAACGACUGACUCAUCAUACAUUGUCUUUAGCUGCAGCGAUACUCGGAAGUGACGUUACAAUAAAACCAGAGAUGUUAAAAAUUUUUUUCUCUAAAUUCGAAGCAUAUGGACCACAAAAAUAUAAGCAAAUCAUGCAACAAACAUUUACUUGGCUCAGCAAACGUACCUUGGACGAAGCUAUUGCUGAAAUCUUAAGUGGAAUACCUAAAUCAAUGAGACAACGAAUGUUAGAUGCAAUAGAAUUACACAUAAAUUACUAUACCUGUAUAAAUCUACCCGAAGCAGUGCUUGCACCAUUGAUUAUUGCUGAAUGCCCUAAUCAUUACAUAACAUCAGCUUACAAAUUUAAUAAAGAUAUUGAAAGACUGACUCAUCAUACAUUGUCUUUAGCUGCAGCGAUACUCGGAAGUGACGUUACAAUAAAACCAGAGAUGUUAAAAAUUUUUUUCUCUAAAUUCGAAGCAUAUGGACCACAAAAAUAUAAGCAAAUCAUGCAACAAACAUUUACUUGGCUCAGCAAACGUACCUUGGACGAAGCUAUUGCUGAAAUCUUAAGUGGAAUACCUAAAUCAAUGAGACAACGAAUGUUAGAUGCAAUAGAAUUACACAUAAAUUACUAUACCUGUAUAAAUCUACCCGAAGCAGUGCUUGCACCAUUGAUUAUUGCUGAAUGCCCUAAUCAUUACAUAACAUCAGCUUACAAAUUUAAUAAAGAUAUUGAAAGUUUACCGUUCAGAGGAAUGUACCCCGAGGAGGACUUUGAAAUGAUUGACAAAAACAUUAACAAUGAUAUGAUCGUAAUAAGAGAUAUACUUAUAGAACAUACCAAGAUUCAAAAUGGAAAUGAUUUGAUUAUUAACAGGUUACCCAGAUGGUUUGUGGAUGAGAUUGCUAAAGCUGAACUUCCAUCAGUUUUAAUGAACUACAUAGUAAAACACACGAGCAUACUACCAAUACAAAUAGAAAACUUAGAUCGUCCUUCGAGUAGCUUAAUAAGUUUGAAAAUUGUUAGCGUUACAUAUGGACUUACAUCAUCCUUGAUAAAUGACAGGAAAACCUACAUGAAAUAUGUAUUUAGGGACCAAACUUUAAAUUUCGUAUGUAAUGCAUUAGAAGGGACCAAAACGGUACCUUUAUUAACCCUUAGAGACCUUCCAUUAAGUACUCGAAAGGAAAUUUUAGACGAUGCACUCGGCAUCAAGAACAUGAAAUGUAUCGAUGAACUUUUACCAGAAUGGAGAUUGUAUAUUGGUUGUAUUAAGUAUUGGACUGAUGAAGAAAAAGUGUACAAAUCGCAUAUAUGUUACGUGUACUCGAUAAUUAUCUGUAUCUUAUAUAACAUAAUAAUUUCAAAGGUAGGACAAUACAAUUCCAUAAACAGCUUCCAAGAGGCAUAUGGUAGUUUAAUCGAGAUUUCAAAGAAUAGAAGACAGGCAUGCAGAAACAAAUUAAACAUCUCGAAGAAUGUUACGAUUGAUCAGGCUCGUUCAGGUAUUGAUAUGAUGGAUUGUCUUUUAACCGCGUCAUUUUGUAUUACUAAUUCUAAAAUGCAACCAAAUGAAUAUUUUAAUAAAAAGGUUGGUAUGUCUAUUGCACAUGCAUUUUCACAAUUUCAAAUGUGUUUACUUACCGCCAUUGACUUGAAUGCGCUAUUGGGCUGCCCUUAUCAAGAGCCAAUCGUAGCGAAUUUGUUUAACGGUACAUUUUUGUACAAUGUGUGUAGGGAUUUGCAAGCAUCCGAUGACAUAGAUAAGUGUUAA